GAGAGCAGGAACCAGACCAGCAGACUAGUGAUCCUUACGCCUCCGUCCAGGUGACUACUACGCCUCUGCCCCCGCGCACCACACACCACGAGAUACACACCACACACCACUCCCGCGCCCUCACAAACCCUCAGACACCCUUCAACCGACGCCAGCACCUCAUUAGGACCCUCGGAGCCCCUCAAUGCGCCCGUGACCCUGAUGGAGAAGGAUUUGAGUGAAAAGUUGGGAUGCGGAGAGGGUUACCUGGAGUGAGGAAAGCAGUGGUGGUGGUGGUCGGGAUGGAGUGGCAUGUAGGAUGACUGUGGAGUGACUGAGUGGAGUGUACACCUCGAUGCUAACUUAUUUUACCUCGUCAUUAACUGGAAGCGAGAAAGAAGAUAAGAAGAGAGAAGGAAAAUAAAUAGAUAAAUAAAUAAACUGAUUCUGCAUUUAAACCUCCCUCUUGUGAAGUGUUACGUGUUUUUUGUUCGUUUAUAUUUGUUUUUUUUUAAUCCUACGUGUUGAAAUUCACGUAUCCAUUUCAUUUUGCGGGUUUGUUACUGACUGCGUUCGUCAAAAGUGCGUGCGAUUGCGUGUGUGAAUAACGCAACGUGUGUGUGUGUGUGUGUGUGUGUGUGUGUGUGUGGCGCACUGUAUUUAUAUGGUGACGUGGAGAAGAAAAGAGAGGGAGGGAGAAAUAAAGAGCAGAAGAAGAGAGCUUUGUCUGUCUGUCUGUCUGUCUGUCUGUCCAGGAGGAGAGACACAAGAGGCUGAACACGAAAGCGGAGAAAAAAUAAAACAAAGAAUUUAAAAGAAUCAGAAAGACGAGAGAAAACUGAAAAAAAUAUAAAAGAAAAAAGAAAGAAAAAGCACAUUUGAAUUAUGAAACACGAAGACACACAGUAGCCAACUCACAGCCUCGUCAGCGCGUGCGUGUGUAUGCCUGUGUACCUUUGUGCCGCUGACGCAGAAACAGGAAGUGGUGCAGCUGGUGGAGGUGCUGACAGCGGCGUGGAGGCGUGGGCUGUCCGGCUGUCACUCACCCCCUUGAAGAAAACAGUUGAAAAGUCCUGAGUUGAAAAUUUCUCAGAACGUGACCGCUCCAGACGCGCCCCGCAGACAGGUAGCCGCGGGCGUGCAGGGGUGGGCGUGGGAGGAGUAUAAUGCCUGCGGGGGGCGCGGGCGGGCGUCGUAAUGCCAGUGAGCAGCUUCAGCAGGCGUGCCGGCGGUGGUGGAGGCGAAGGCGGCGGCUUUACUGUAGCAACUAAGGGCGGAGAUUCACCAAUGGACACCACAACCCUCACCUCUCCCGCCACCACCUCGUCCUCAAAAUACGAGCUCGAGGACUACGUGUACGAAAUGGAGUGCCGGGCUGAGGAGAUCGCAGCGGCCAACGAGGAGGAGGAGGCCGACGUGUACACGCGGCUGGCGCAGAAGGAGCGCGACCUGAUCCUGGCGGCGGAGCUGGGGAAGGCGCUGCUGGAGAGGAACGAGAUCCUGGUGCAGCAGAACGAGCGCCUGGCGGAGGAGUACAGCCACAAACUAGAGGUGCUGGAGCAGGAGAAACACGGCCUGAGGAGGAAGCUUGCGUCUGCGGAGAGCGAGUUUGAAGUGAAGGUGCAGGAGAUUAACAUUGACCUGCAACAUGCUAAGAGUGAGCUUCAGGACCAGCGGGACGCACUUCGGCAGACUGACCGGGAGAAGAGUGUGCUUAUUGACCAGCUCACGGAACAGAACCAGCGACUCACCACACAGCUGAAGGAUGCCUCCAAACACGAGCAGCAGCUGGAGCAACAACUACAGCUGCUGCGGGAUCAGUUCAACCUGCGCAAGUCCAACAUGAGCGAGCAGGUGUCCACGUUGGAAAUUCUCAGCGAGGAGAUCACGCUACUGUCAGAGAAGAAGCUUGAGUUGGAGCGGCGGAUCGACAGCUUGCUAAAUGAACGAGAGGGUCUGAGCUCCCACCUGGACGAGUCUUCAGAUCGGAUCAUGAUGCUGGAGAAACAGUCGCGGGAGCAGGAGGCCAUGCUGCGCAACAGUCAGAAGGACCUGGACGACCUGCGCCACACCAAUCUGUCCCUCACUGACCGCCUGGAGGCCAUCAGUCGCAACUCCUCCUCCCCUUCCAUGGGCCACACCUCACUCAUGAACGAAAUAGACAUGAGUGACCAGGAAGCAUCCCGGCCACACUCACAUCCCAGCCUGCCCGAAGACCUGCUGGAGUUGGACGAGAUAGAGUGUGAUGACCCCAUCCUCCUGCCUUCCUCUGACGGCGAGACACUGAAGACGGGCCGCAUCUCAUUGCGCCAGGAAGUGGUGGAUGCUGUGGGCCAGCUGCGGGUGUUGACGGAGCAGCUUCGACACCGGCGACGCAACUCUCUCACCUCCCUCUCCACCAACUCCUCCGAUGAACUCACCCCCGACAAACUGAAGGGCGGGGUACUGUUGAUGGCGGUGAAGGAGGUGCAGGGGCUGGUGCGGGACCUGCUGCGACGUGAGGCCCAGGGGCAGUGUGGGUCCUGUGGGCGUGGCGAAGACAGGGUGCAGCUGGAGCAGGAGGUGCACCGAGCCCUGGAGGCGGUGGACAAGCUGAAUAUUGAGCUGAAUGACACCAAGGACAAGCUGAAGGGCAAGACCGAUGAGGCCGCAGAGCUUGGCAACCAGGUGACUCUGAUGGAGACCCAGCUGAAGGCCGUGGAGGAGCAGAGGGACACCUUCAAGCAGGACCUGGAGAGCACCCACCUGGCCAAGGAUGAGCUCAUGAAGAAGGCGUGGGACAUGAGGGACAACGCCGUGGCCCGCAAGAACGCCUGUGAGAUUGAGCUGGCCAGGACGAGGAUUGAUGUGAUGCAGGUGAACUCUCAGCUGAUGGAGGCCAUUCAGCAGAAGGUGGAACUGUCACAGCAGCUGGAGCAGUGGCAGGUGGACAUGCAGCAGCUCCUCGACGAACAGAUGAGGAGGAAAUUGAGUAAGCUAGAGAUGGGCAGCUCCUCCCGGCGCCACCACAACCCCAGCGACUCAGACUCCUCCUCCAGCGGGAAGGUCUCGCCCAGAAAGAACUCCCGGUUAUUCUCAAUCCUUACCACACUCAAGCGGUAACCUCCUGCCACCUAAUCCCAUCCCCCCAUACCCUCUGGCCUUUCCCAUGUCUCUCCCUCGUAUGUCUAUCGCUGCUGCUGUUAUGACUACUCCUCCUCGUGUUUCUCUGUGGUUCUCGCUGUAAGAUGUUUGUUUUUUUGUUGGUUUCAUGUCUAUGUCUUUUUUUUUGUGAUUUUGUGUUUUUCUUGUGUUUCUGAUUCUUUGUUACUGUCUGUCUUCUCUUUUUUAUCAUGUCUUUUCUCUCUUGAUCUGUUUCUGUCUCUCUUCCUUUUUGAUGUCUUCUCUUUUUCUGUCUCUCUUUUUUUUCUCUCUCUGUUGCUCCGUUUGUCUGUUUCUCUGCCUUGUUUUCUCUCUUCCAGUUGAACUAUCUCUUCUUGCUCCUAUAAAUCUGAAUUCUUCCUAUCUCACUUUGUCUUACUUUACUUCACUACUUAGCACUUAAUAACAAUCCCUACCACUACUUGUCCUCCCCCUCUGGUACUGUGCAGUCACUAUCACUUCAUAACACUUCCUAUCCCACUUAUUAUCUUUUCUCCUACAGCUUAUCUCCUUCCUUCUGGUGAGAGAAUCCCCCAACAAGGCUUUAGCAGAAUCAGGCUUUAAUAUUGAGUCUGCCCUGGAGGAUGUCCGAGUCUCUGUUAUUAUUAUUAUUAUUAUUAUUAUUAUUAUUAUUAUUAUUAUUAUUAUUAUUAUUAUUAUUAUUAUUAUUGGUGUUGUCACUUGUCGUCGUCAUCCUCGCCACCCUCAGAACCCAAAGCCUUAGUUUAUAGAUACGUUAACUAAUUAAGAGAGAGAAAUUUAACCUCCUUUUUAUACAUAUAUAUAUAUAUAUAUAUAUAGUAAUACGUUAUGUGUAUAAGUAUACAUAUUUUCUUUCCAUGUCUGCCUUACGAAUGAGAAUUUCUAUUUAAUUUUAAUGUCUAUGCAUAAGGUAUACAUAAUUGCAGUAGUGAAGGAGAUAGUGAUGAGGUGGUGUGUGUGUAUGCGUGUUUAACUAUACUUAGCUGUGAUAUACUUACUGCUGUCCAUCUGUCCGUCUGUCCAUCUGUCCGGCCUCAUCAGUUAUACUUGUAUGAUUUCAAUGAUGUUUUCCUCUCCUAAAUGUUUUCCUCUCCUAACUCCCUCUUGUUAAUAUAACCUCAGCACAAGUCAUGAGCUUGCUGUGGGUGCAACAUUCAUAACAUGCAAGUGUCAGCUGUUACCAUAACCUCAAUGUAAAUUCUCUUCAUGUGGCCUUGCUGUGGUUACUGUGAAGAAAACCACAGCAUACACUCCAGUUAUCUGGGUUUACUGUGGUAACAAGAAUUAUCCCAGUAUGUGGGAGCACUGAUCUGCCUUGGUGAAAUAUCAAAGAGAAAUAUACAUGAUUUAGUCAGGUAAAUGUGUGUCACCUCAAGUGCUUUAUUACAAAAGUUCAGUAAUGUUUAAAAAAAAUAUAGCCAUAUAUAAGCCAUAGUUUGUGUUGAACUUCUUUAGCAUUCACAGUGCCUUCAAGCAAAAAAAAAUCAAUCUUUUUGCAAAUAUAUAAUUUCAAGGAAAGAGUACAUUUACAUAAUCUUUAUAAUUUCUUGUAUUUGCAUGCCUUCCAGAAAACUGUAAAUUAGUUUUCCAAGAUGCAUCACUUUUAAAAAACAAACACCUGUUUUAUCACAAUUUAUUUUGCCACUAACUCAUGUGUGUAUUUCAGUAGUAGCUAUGCAGUCCAUGCCUUAAAAAUCUAUAUGCAUUACUUUUCAUCAUAUAAAUGUAAAACUUCAAAAAGAAAUAAUCUGUAUCAUCAUUCAAUUUGUUUAGCCGCUGUGUGAUGCAUGUAGUACCACCCCACCCCUCUCCACCCACCAACUCAAGUUCCUGAGCCGCCUCCUCUCCGGGCCACCCAAGAAUCCAAGGCUCACGAACACCUGCUUUUGGAAGGAUUCUGACAAUUAACAGGUGGUAGAGUAAUGGAGCCCCUUACACUUCCUACUCCUCCUAGCCAAACCACCUCAUGAAAACCCACAAUGCCUUAAGCCCUCCCUCAGGUUCAAGGGUUCACAUCAAAUUCCAGGGCGUCACUCGUAAACAAACUGCCAGUCUUGUCCUUUUUUCUUCUGAUUUUUUUUUUUUUUCUGGCAAUUUUUGGGGUUUUGAUUCAAUAAAUUUGUCAGACCCUUGGCUUGAGUGGCCUGAAAUUUCUGUCAACCUUUGAAGUACAUUACCCUUUUCUUCCCAUUUUCCACAAAGACGAAAUGUGACGUGGACAGUUUGUUACGAAGGUGACGAGGGGUUUUCCAGCUCCCCAGAAUGUUCCAUAAGCCUGCCCCCCUCCAGCACCCAUGACUUCAAGUACACCACGAUGCACUGAAUGUGAUGGGUGUGUAGGUUUUGCUUAUUGUAGCAUUUUUGUUUGAGUUUGGAAUGAAAUUUGUAUCUGAUACCACUGUGCAUCUUCACGAGCUUUCGAAACUCAGGGCCUCUAUUGCCAAAUGUCUGGUAUCCUACCCCAGCUAUUUUUUAACAGGCUUUUGUGGAAGUUUUGUGGGUUUUCAAGGAUGUUUUUUUUUUGUGAUUUCAGUGACAGUUUGACAAAGUUUCUACACCAUUCAUUGAAAAGACACCCAUGAGAACCCAAUUAAUCAUCCCUGUAGCCUUUGAAAGCAGUCUUGAAAGAACGGAACAUUUAAAAAUAUAGGCCCUGAGGUGUUUUGCCGUACACUGAUGAUAUGCCUCGUAUUUCCAAUUUCUAAUCACUUUUGUCCUUUGUAAGUGUGUUUGGCAUGUACUUAAUAGCGUUGGAGAGUGGUAUGAGUCGCAGAACAGAAAGUCAGAAAGGCGCCCGUGUCUGUGUGUUAGUACAGCCAUAGCCAGCAAUUGAGUAACUUAAUGCACUAACUUCCACUGUCCUUAGUACCUUUCCCAAAAACCCUAAGUCUAAAAAAUAAGACUCCGCAUAUCGCUAGACUUAAGAUCAAUAUUAAAGGUCAAACAAAGCAGUGUGGAAGUGCAUGCAGGAAGUUUUACUGUGCAACACGAAGGAUUUUAACCAAAGUCUGAUGUGUGUCGGGUUAUGUGGCCAUGAAAUGAUGAGGCUUACUUUUUUCUUUCCCACAUUGCCUCUCUGCCCCUUCGUCCUUUUCUUUUCUUUCUGUCUUUCUCGUCAUUCUACAUUUUCUAUAUUUUUAUUGUUUUAGUUUUCUUUUCCUAUCUGUCUGCUUUCUCUUUUUUUUCUCCCUUCUACAUUUCCUUCCUUUCCUUUUAAGUAUCUUUCUUUCCCUCUUUUCUUCCUACCUUCCUUGAGGCUCGUUUACAUAUUUAUUUACCCCUAUCCUUCCUUCCCUGUCUUGUCCCUCUCAUGAUCGAUAUAUUUAACAUUGGUAUUAUUGCGAUCUUGGUCCUUCCUACAGUAAGCCAUAGUCUCGAAAAAAUACCCAAAGGUUAUUCACGAAAUGUCGAACAAAAAACAUUUUAUAUCAAAUUAAGAACUGCCCUUGUCUUAUCUCGAAUUUCCUUAAUAUACAUAUUUUUAAAACCUGCGGCCCAGUGAUCUAAUCUUGUCUGAUCUAAUGUUUUCUUGUAACUUCCAUGUGACUUAUUUUCCAGUUUUCCGGAAAUAGUUAUAUUUUUCUCUAACAUUCCAUUUUUUUAGGCUAAGUAGAAGGAAUCUCACUAGUUUAAUUACUGCCUUAUGUACCUGUAAGGCAAACAAAAACUGAGGGUUAUUAUUAUUAUUAUUAUUAUUAUUAUUAUUAUUAUUAUUAUUAUUAUUAUUAUUAUGUCCUUGUGCUUUCAUCCUCCAGCAGCUAUAAAUAAAUACUAGUUUUAGUGUAAAUAGUGAUAAUGUAUAGUGUAGUGUACGUAUAUCUUAAUGAAGGAAUAAGCAAAAGAUAGAAGGAAGGAAAAUGCAUUCAUACAAAAUGGCGUUUGAUAAAAAAAAAAAAAAGAAAAGAAAAGAAAAGGUUAAUCUCCUCUGUCCGUGAUAUAUUUGACCAGCACUUUCAUUUCUGGUAACUUUUAAAAAAGGAAAUCCAAUAAACUAAGGUAGAAAUACAAGGAUGAUGCUACAAAUGUCUUGAGAUUUAGGGGUUAAUACAGUCUUAAAAUUUAGAGAUAAAUGAAAAAUGUAGAUUAUCUUGGAGUGAAAUUUGAGGAUAAUUACAAAGAUCUAAAAGUAAAUGAUUAUUGUGGCCUUAAAAUUCAGAGUUCACUACAGUCUCGAAAUUUAAGGGUUGUUGAAAUCUUAAAAUUAAAGAUUAUUAUGGUCUUAAAAUUUAAGGGUUAUUGCGGUCUUGCAUUACAGUAACU